CUGCUCUUCCCUACUUUUUGAUAUACCAUGGACGUCAACAACUUGCAGGGCACUGGAUUUGGUACGCCGUACCCAGCGGCAACAGACAUUGCCAAGGAGCAGGGAAAGACUGUGUUUGGAGGAGUAGAGCUGAUCAGCGAUCCAGCCAACCCCUUCUACAUCGGACACGGCAUUGGCCACCGCGACCCAAAGACUGGGGCCAUGGUUGAUCCGUCGGUGCACAUUCCUGCGCGCGGCGAGACCCACCCAGGCGAGUUCCAGGCAGUCAGGAUGGUUGAAGAUAAAGAGACCACAAAUGCACAGCUGCUGGAGAGCAGGUACGGCAUCACGACCCCAAACAAGUAUCACGCAGGCUGGUACCGCUUCAAGAGCCGGCUGUCAGCAGCCGCUGCCAUGGCCACCAAGUCGCAAAAGUGGUUUGAGACUUCGGCACACCAGAAGGCGCUGGCGGAUCUCGAGGCCAACGCGUACAACGACAAGUAUGGAGGCUAUACAUUUUCAAAGGGAUGACCUUAAUAAAUGUCUCUUCA